AUACAUACAACAUAACUAUGUCAGAAUAUCACCAUUAUUUUAUUUUCGAUAUAUUUAUAUUUAUAUAUGAUAAAUUUCCAUAACUAGAAUGUUUGUUUUCUUGCCCUCUGGCUACUAGGAAGUGGGUAUUAAAAAUAAAAAAAAAAUGGUUGUUGUUUGUUAUAAACGGUAGUUAAUGCCUAAGAUAUAUAGCUAGUUUAGCUAGGUAUAGAAAGAGAGAGUGAGAGAUAUGCCCCACUUAAUUUUACAACCCUCAUACUCACACUAUUUUUCUAACUCCAACGUAGGUAGUUAGGUGGUGUAUAUAUAUGAGUAUACAUACACACACAUAUAUCUCUGGAAUCCUAGUUCAUCAGUAGAGCUAGCUAGUUCCAAUUUUAAUUAUUAUGAUAAACUUAUUCUACAACACUUAUUGUAUUUUUCUGUCAUCCUCCUCCUUCGAUCAAUCCUUAUUAAAACUCAUCACCUUUGUUCUUUCAGUUGAUUUCUGGCCUAAUUACCUUGUUCGCUGUAUUUAUAGCUACUUUCAUUGAGAAAAAUUAAACCAGAAAGUUUCAAAUAUCCCGGAAUUCAUAUUUUACAAUAUUAAUAUAUAUUGAUUGAUCAGGUGUGAGGCAAUUAAUUCAACGAAAUUGGGUUGGUUUUGUUGUUUUUUAUUUUACACAAAAAUAAUGAACUACUUACAAGAAAUUGAAGGGAAACUAGUCCACGAUAAGCUAACAGAGGGUGGCGGUUGUGGUGGCGGCGGCGGUGGUGGUGGUGAUACAACAACAAGGAUCAGACGAAUAUGGGUUCGGGGACCCAUAAUAGUCGGGGCGGGUCCUUCGGGUUUGGCUGCGGCGGCUUGUCUUAAAGAAAAAGGUAUCCCAAGCUUGAUCCUUGAAAGGGCUAAUUGCAUAGCAUCAUUAUGGCAACUAAAGACAUACGACAGACUCCGUCUUCAUCUUCCCAAACAAUUCUGCCAGCUUCCACUCAUGCCAUUCCCAUCAAAUUUCCCAACUUAUCCAACCAAACAACAUUUCUUGGAUUACUUAAAAGCUUACUCCAACCGUUUCGAUUUGAAACCUAUUUUCAACAUGAAAGUGGAGAGUGCUCGCUUCGACCACCGAAGCGGUCUUUGGCAAGUCAAGGCCUCUACUACCACCGCCGCGGCCACACCUGGGGCCGGGCUAGAUAAAAAGAGUACUAAUAAUCAUGAUGAUGGGCGUACAGAGAUGGUAAUCACUACUACAACUGAGUAUGUAAGCCAAUGGCUUAUUGUGGCUACUGGGGAGAAUGCGGAGGAAUCGGUGCCGGAGAUCGAAGGAAUAGAGAGCUUUGGUGGCCCAAUUGUUCACACAAGCUCUUAUAAGAGCGGUGAGAUUUUUAGCGGAAAAAAUGUUUUGGUGAUUGGAUGCGGCAACUCGGGGAUGGAGGUUUGCUUGGAUCUCUGUAACUAUAAUGCUCGUCCUUCGCUUGUGGUGAGAGACUCGGUGCAUGUAUUGCCUCAAGAGAUGUUAGGAAGCUCAACUUUUGGACUAUCCAUGUGGUUACUUAAGUGGUUACCAGUGUGGCUUGUGGAUCGAUUUUUACUUUUAAUGUCACGUUUGUUGCUUGGUGACACAUCCAAAUUGGGAUUAACAAGACCAGAACUUGGCCCUCUUCAGCUCAAAUCCAUAUCUGGUAAAACUCCCGUUUUGGAUGUUGGAACACUGGCCAAGAUCAAAACUGGAGAGAUUAAGGUUUGUAAGGCCAUAAAGAGAUUAUCACUCCAUGCUGCGGAAUUUAUAGAUGGGAAAGUAGAAACUUUUGAUGCCAUCAUUUUAGCAACUGGCUACAAAAGUAACGUAAUGACUUGGCUGAAGGAGACGAAAAUGUUCAAUGAGAAAAAUGGAAUGCCUAGAAAAGGUACCCCAAAUGGGUGGAAAGGGGAGUUGGGACUGUAUGCAGUGGGGUUUACUCAGCGUGGGCUGCUUGGGGCAUCGGCGGAUGCAACCAGAAUCGCACAAGACAUCUACGACAAUUGCUGGAAUCCUCAUCAUCAUCAUAAUCACUCCAAUACACAUAAUUCUGUGCCCUUUAAUUCCAAUCCUAUAAUAUACUACUCAUCUACUAAUAAUCAUCCCACACCACCGACACCACCACACAUCAACUAGCUAUAUACCCAGCCAGCUACCACACCUUCCUAUAGCUCUCUCUAUAUAUAUAUUAUCACAAUUUUUUCCCAUAUAUGUAUAUGGUCCCUUUUGAUAUUAAUCUUCCCCGAGAUGGGUACCAGAGCUUUUUUUUUUUUGAAAGAAAUGAAUAGUAUAAUUAGGAUGAAAUUACAUUUAUUAUUAUUUAGUGGGGGCAAUAUGGUUUUUACUAACUGCCGGGGUACGUACGUAGUUGUACGUAUACAUAGGUUGUUUUAAUUAGUUAGUGAGUUGUAUUAUCUUGUACAUUGUCAUCAUAUAUUUCUAUAUAUUAGUAGGAAAGUGUUAGUGAGUGGGCUUCUUAAUUCCUUUCCUCUUUUGUUUUAAUUAUUAUUUUGUAUGCUUUCAAAUUUUCUUAAUAGUAUAGCGUUUUUUUGUGUAUUUAUAAAUAGUGUGGUGUUGGUGGGUACGUGGAGUCCAGCAAACUAAAUUGUUUUAUGAUAUUAUAUAUUGUUAUUGUUGUUGAUGUUGUAUAAAUAUUAGAGAUAAAUUAAAAUGAAUAUUGAAUUUUAUUAUCCUAA